CAGAUCAAAUGCAGUCAGUGUAAGUCCAGAUGGACAGGAAAUGGGAGAGGAAGCCCGGCUGCAUGGAUGUUUGUCUCCAUGGAUACACCACAACAAAUCAGCAUGUGGAGGCAGAGAUUUGGCAGGACUUAAGGUUUGAAAUGUUUGGAUUUCCCAGUUCCUAAAGGUGUAGAUCCUGAGCCAUGUGUGACGAAUACAGAGUUUCCUCCUCUGUUAAAGUGGAGCAGAUGGAGGCAGAUCUUUCACGUCUACUCUCAGCACUCAGGGCAGAAAUUGAGGAGACUGGAUUUCCUCAAGGAGCAGUGACUUCCAGAUGUUACAGUUCUGUUCCACCUCCAAAAGAUAUUUCCUUUUUCCGCCUGGAGAGGGAACAUGCACUGAGGAGAGGGCUUCAGGUGGCUGAAGCUUUGCCGGUUCAGUCUCAGGCUGACAUCAUGCAGAGAGAGCUGGAUAGUUGCUUGGGUUUACAGUACACUCCUGACAGUCUGCCUCCACUACUGCACCAGUUCUACACCGACAGAUCAUAUCAUUUGGCUCAGAUCAAAUAUCUGCUCAUGCUGAGAUGGAGGAGAUUCUGUCGCCACACCAGCGUCAUUGAGAAGCUGUAUCCUCAUUACAAGGAUCAGGUGUCAUGUUUGACGAGUGAGUACGAGGACGCCGUUCAGAGAGCUCGCAGACUGUCAGCAUGCAGAGAGAAGAUCCUGACCGGCCGAGGAAACCCCGCCUCCCUGCUCACUCAGGACGAUGUGGUCAUUUACCUGCGCUGGCUGGUCUGCCAUCUGCACUCGGUUCAGACCAUUCACAACUUCCUCAGGGUGCUGCACUACAUACCAGCUUGUGAAAGAAAGGAUAAAGAACCACCUACAAAGGUUCCUGAGGAAACUUUACAUAAGACUCAACAUGUUGACGGUAUUUCAGGACUGGCUGAUACUGUCCCCCUGCACACUGUUCACCUGGAGGAGUUCCUACCUGAGCUGCAGUCUUUGAUCGUUCACUUCCACCUGUCCUACGACGCUCGUAAACUCCGGACUACCGCAGACGAGAUGGAGUUAUUCAGCACGGUGUGGAGGGAGUUUAGAACGAUUUUCAGACAACAAGAGCAGAUGAAAAGGUUUCCUCAGUACGACGGUACAGAGGUAAAAGAGAGCCAGUGGGGAAGGAAGAGUGCGAGCCUGGCUCUGAGGAAGGAGGCCAACUGGAUCCCAUUCAUUCAGGUGAAGCCCAGACGGGAUCCGUGGCAGCAGAAGCUCGUCACAAAGCUGAAGGAAAAGAAAUCUGUGGAUGAGCUGCUGAAGAUGCACAGCAGGUUUCUUCAGGUCCCUGAUGUGCUCCAUGUGGCCGCGGCUGUAAAAGAACACGCCGCUCAUGUUGGCGACUCACAAUCUGCACCCACCUCGUCGGUCUCAACCAGCAGUAAGACCAAGCGACAAAAGCUCUCUGAGAUCUGGACGAGUAUUUACAGGGCUGCCUCUCUCACUCAGGAAACACAUGAUCAGUCAACCAGAUCUGGAGCCAGUGCAGGCCAUGAUAAGAAGAGUUUGAAGAGUCAAACCUCAAGUGCAACAAAUGAAAGGUACUCCUUCGAGGACAGCCUGAAGCUCCUGGGUCUGGAUGACAGUUUAGAGGAGGGAACCUCAGAUCCCAUCAUAACUAGAGGUGCUUACCUGUCUCUGGUUCACCUGCGUCAUCUCAAACUCAGACAGCUCCAGCGCAUCUCUCUUGGGUUGCUGAACUACCUGCGCUCUGUGGAGAGGACUUUGACCUUUGACCUAGCAGGUCUGCAGCUGGAGGAAGGGGAGCUGUGCAGCACAGCCGAGGAAACUGGCUGGAUGAACGCAGCCAGAGGAGGAAGAGGGGAGACAGAAGGUCUCGGCUCGCUCCACUACAGCCACAACACUCCUGUUGACUGUAAGGUCCAUUGCUCAGAGUUCAUGGAGUUUGCAGAGGUGGAGAACCUUCAUGAUUUUUACAGCGCAGAGGAGCGAUUGGUCCACACUCAGGAUCAGAGAGGGUUUUACAUUGUGUACGACACUGCUCUGAAGGACCUGGAGGAGCUGGAGGACGAGCUGCUUCUAGUCGGCUCACGCUUCAUCCAGAGAGACAGGAUUAAGAAGAUGGGAAAUGCCUCGACAGCGGACAUCCACUCCUGGGCCGGAGCGGAUGUUGACCGUGUUGCAGUGCUGCUCGACUUAUGGACAUGUGAGACAGAGUUUUUGGAGAGCAAAGUGCAGCUCUUGAACUGUUACUUUGAGGCCUACCAGCAUACAGCAGGGACAGAGGAGAGGUUUGCAUUGGCUGGAGUCAUUACUGACAUCAUGCACUGUCGGCCACAACUGGACCUGAACCAGAAUUAUUUUGUUCAGGCCUACAGGGCAGAGAUAGGCUGCCUGCAGAGCCACCAGCAGCUGAUCAGAGACAUUUUGGACAAUCAGAUUGAAAAACAGCGGCAGUAUCUCCAACACAUCUGGAGAGAUGAUGGCAAUGGCUGCGUUCAUGACUUUGGCCUCCCACCAAAAUACAUUCCCAAACAUCUGGUCUCACUUGGAGGCAGCAGCCCUGCACUGAUGAACACAUUCCUCCUGGAGGUUCAUCCGUCCCUCUGCCUGGCUUCUGCAGUCUACCAUGGUUUAGUUCAGGCUCACACAGAGCUCUGUCAGCUGCACCGAGCCGCCAGUGUCACUGACCAACUCCUCCUGCGACAGAAGCUCCUGCAGCAGGCCCUGCAGAGCUGGAACCACCUGGCUUCACCCGGAGCCUCCUACAGCUCUCAGAUACAGAAGGACUUGUUCUCAGGUGUGUUUUUUGAGGACCCGAUUUUGGUCCAAAAGGUGGGGCUGUUGUUAGUCAGAUCUGCAGAGGAAAAGGACAUGGCGCAGGGAAAAGAGAAACAGUUGUAUGGCGUGGAAACUUUCUCCAAGCUACUGGAGCUCGUCACCAUCCGCCAUCGUCUGCUGGAAUCGGCCUCAGAGACUGCACAUCUAGCACAGUUGUACAGAAAUGUGGCGUCAGAGCUCGGCUUUGAUGAGUUCCACCUUUACCUGAGGCCAGUGCAUUUUGAGGUUGCUGCGCAGAAAGACAAAGCAGAGCAGAGGCCAGUUUUCAUCACAGCCAUACUGGAAGAUGACAGCUCUGUGGACAGGUUCAGCCCGUCCCACCUGCCUCUGAGCAUCCAGGAACUGGACGAGAACCAGAUCGGGAGGUUCAGCUUCAGCUCAGAGGAGGCAGUUAUUCAUCUUAUGAACACACAGAGUAUAGAAAACCUGCAGGUGACUCUGGCCUGUCAGGUUGCACAGAAGAACGCUUUGAUAAGUGCUGUGAAGCUGGUUUGUGUUUGUCACAGGGCAGAGAGUGAGACGUCUUCAGCUCAGAGUGAAGUCGCCCUUUAUUCUGAUAAAGAUGUCAAAUUGGACUCGAAACCUGGAACCAACAACCUGCAGGAAAAAUCUAACGUUCCACCCUCCAAAGGCUCAGCAAGACCUCCCACCACUCCCAAGGAGAGGCUGAUGGAAGCCUUUGUGUCCAUCCAGCUGGAAAAAGUUGGUCAGCGUGACGAGAUGCUGAACUCAUUUGUGAAGAAGAAACAGGCCGUGGGGGGUCUUAUAAAAAGCCCAGAGGAAGCAGCGAAGAUCAAAAGGAGGCUCAUAAUCGACUUUCUCAAGAAAUUCAGCACACAGAUAUCUCAGUAUUGUGUGAGAGCGCAGAUUGUGGCAUAUUACUACAAUCUAACCAUCAUUUUGGACGAAAUCCCCUCCAUCCGUCAGUCCCACUUCAUGAUUGGUCAAACCAGAGAGCCCAGAGUCAUUUUGGAUUCUGGAGUUUGCUCUGACCACAGGAGUUUUCAGCAUCGUCCGCAGCAGUUGUUGUCUGCAGAAGGCAAAUGUCUCCUCAACUUAUGGUACAUCCCCCACUUCUCGGAAGUGCUUCACAUGUUCAAAAAUGUUUCGGCGUGUUCAGCAGCUCUCCAUCACACUCUGCAGAUAGUUUCAGCUCUCCAUGACAUCAUUUAUUACCUGGUUAGUUUCUCCAGACUGGGAAACACAGAAGACUCCUGUAGCUGUAGGAGAGGACAGGAUAUGCAGGGCUCACUUGCAGCUGACUGGGGAGGCACUGAAGGCAUCGGAGCAGAGCUGCUGGAGAUCCAGCAUCAGGUCGACCGUCUGUCUGAUCCCAGCAGCCCAGAGUCUGUGGGCCGACUGCUGCAGCUGCGCAGGCACGUCGUCCUCCUGCAGUUUGACACCGCUGUGAGACACCUCAUCAGGGAGGUGUUCCUCUCCUCCGGUGACGUUACCUCUUACCAGAGUGUGAGUGACAACAUGGCGACCGCCCUCCCCCCGCUGAGCGACAGUGUCCAGACGGGCGUGUUCAGUCUCACGCUGCCUGUUCCUCCACCUUUAGAGACUCGAGGCUGUCAGGCUCAGGGAAUUUUUCCAUGGAGAAGUUUCAUAGCCUGUCAUGGAUUGUUCCCUCUGGAUGUUUGGGACGUUCCUCCCAUCGAAUACUGCAUGCAGCUGUGUCUGAGCGGUCUGAGCGAUCGCAGCAGACUGCAGGCCAACGCAGCAAUCCUCGGCGUGUCGCUGCUCAUGGAGGACGUCCUGAACAGUGGAAGAGAGGCCGAGCCUGUUCGUCUCCAUGGCAACAAGGAUGACCUUCUGCACGACGGAAAACCUGAUGAAGAAGCUGAAGAAGAAAAGAAGACGACUAGUGUGUCCGUUCUUCUUCAGGAUCCAAUCCGAGUCCAGUCUGUGCUGAAAGGUUUCCUCCUGCUGGCCAAGCAGCUUCAGGUGUUCAAGGAGAGCUGGGCUCGAAGACGUUUGGGCGCUCAAACGUUAAGAACGCCCAGUUUCUAUCAGCAGUUUGUGAAACUCUACAGAGCUGAAAUCUUUUACCCCAGUAUGAGAGCUCUGGCUCAACAAAUGGGUAAGGAGCGGGACUAUGAGGUCUUAAUAUCUGGCAGCCAGUCUCUCCUGCCUCCGCCUGGAGCUUCAGAAGUUGAUGUGAAAGCCUGGCAGCUUCACAAACUGCUGGAGAGUACCGAGUGUGACAUGAUCAGAGCGGUGCAGAGGAAGAUUAACAGAGAGCUGACGCUGGUGGUUUCAGAGCGAACUCGACAGGACACAGGCCUACCUACAGAGCUGUGGAAGAAAGCCCCGCUGAAGUACAGUUUGUCCCCCGAGCGGCCGCAGAUUAUGGAAACGUUCAUCCAGCAGCUGAUGGAGGGAGGUGAAGAGGCCGAGGGACAGCUGAGGGUCUCUCAGGAUCACCUCCAGCUGUGUCUCACUCACCUCGGCUGUUCUCUGACGGAGCGAGAGCGCCGCAGCUUCCUGCUUUACUCGCAGUUUUAUGAACAAAUCCUGCAGCAGGAGACUCGGCUCCUGUAUCAGCGAGAACAGGAUUUAAAGAAUCUUAAGGACUCUCAGAAAAGUGACUCUCACAAAGAGGGUGCUGUUGUUGUAUGUCGUGGGAUGAUGUUGGAGAUCUCAGCGCUGCAGGCACAAGUCGCUCACCUGGAAGAAGAGAAGAGAACUCUAGAAGAGCAACUCAGUCUCAAAUUCAGAGAACGCUAUGACCCUUUAGUCCGACACCUCUUCUCUACCUGCAUCCAGCUAAAGGCCAGGCUGGAUGGGUACCAGCGGCAGAUGGAGCAAGAUGUGAGUGAGAUGGUGAGCAGAACAAGAAGCGAGGGAGUGGACCGAAUCAUCAAGCUCAAGAAGAAGUACGGCUGCACCAACAACAGUGAAGGACUCACACUCACACAGUCAAAGAGAGAAGAGGUGGAUGAGUUGAGCCUGGAGAACAGCCGGCUGGCUGCUCUGCUCUGUAAACAGAAAGCUCUGAGCCGCUGGAGGCAGGCGCUCCACCAGGAGAAACUCCACCGACAGCUGCUUCAAACUCAGCAGAGGGAGGUCAGCUGUCGCAGCGCGGCCCUCCGAGUGAAGAUGACAUCAGAGGAGGAGGUGGUUUUCCUGCAGGAGGAGCUGGAGGCCGCCAGGAAGGUGUUGACCUGCUGCCAGGCCGAGAGCAGCAGCGCCAGGAAGCUGCUCCGCAUGAAGACAGAGGAGCUCCAGGUGGCCAGGCAUCAGUCUGCACAGGAGGCUCGCAGCAGGCAGGAGCUGGACAGCUAUCGAGUGCAGAGCCUGGAACUAAUGCGAGCCGACGUGGAGGACCGAGAGAGACGGCUCAAGGAGUUCAGCGAGCAGCUGGACAGAGGCAGCCGGAUGAACCAGUUACAGCGACAACGCAGUGCCAAAGAGAUCCGACAGGUAAAGGGCCAGCUCCAACAGGAGCUCAGCAUCAAACAAGAAGCCUUUCAGCGAGUGGAUAAACUGCAGAGCCAGGUGAACGACAUGGAGGCAGCUUUCUCCAGAUGCACCUCUACAACAGGUCUACACAGGGCCAGUCAGCAGCACUCCGCCUUGCAGCUUGGCAGCCUCACAAACGCAACACUUCAGUGCUUUGCUACAGCGCCACGGCACCAGACAGCAGGAACAGCCAGAAUAGACCGGCCUAAAGCAGAUCCGUCUCGCCUGCGUGUCCAAACUGCUGAGAGGCUGUUACCGGACCUGUGACAUUCUCCCCUGGGUGUUUUGUAAAGCAACACCAACUUGUUUAACAUGUUAGCUGCUGUUUGACAUGCAAAGUGCCUAUGCAGCAUGUUUGUGAAGCAAGUUAUUUUCAAAGCUAAGACAUAACCCCUCUGCCAGGGUUUGUGAUUUGUCAUUCAACAAGGCAUUUUAUUAUCCAGUAAAUUUAAGAACGUGUUCGUUACAACACAGUGCAGCACCAUUAUGCUGUUUUAGCCCAUAUUUCAGUCUUAUGUGACACUGUUUCUUCAUGUAAAAUGGAGUAAUGAUACAAUAAUUUGUCAAUUGAAAAUAAAUGUCUUAAUAAAAACUAUUGUGU